AUGGAUGACUGGCACGUAGAAUGGGUCCGACGUGAUCCAGACGGAAAGCUGGUGAUACAUCGGUCACCCAUACGGCAAUCGAUUACUCAGGCUAUUCAUAAUAUAAGACUACUAGGCAGCUCCCUAUACUCUAAAUUCGGACGAGUUGAUGGCCGGUUACUCGAUCGAUUAGAACGGGAAUUCGCCCAUUUUAAGCGUACACACAAUACAGAUAUCCUCGUCGAACAUGUAGUUGAACCUGCUGCCCUCGAACAACCUGGCGCCGUCAAACGAGCCGCCGAAGAAGCCGCCAGACGCGCCGCGGAACGCACGGCUGAAUUCAGUGUUAGACGACAAAAACGCGGGCGAGAACGGGAAGAGGCUAACCAAGAACGGGAAGAGGCUAACCGAGAACGGGAAGAGGCUAACCGAGAACGGGAAGAGGCUAACCGAGAACGGGAAGAGGCUAACCGAGAACGGGAAGCGGCCAACCGACAAGGCGCUGGUCGAGGAGGCGCUAGUCGAGGAGGACCUGACCAAGGAGGACCUGACCAAGGAGGACCUGACCAAGGAGGACCUGACCAAGGAGGACCUGACCAAGGAGGACCUGACCAAGGAGGACCUGACCAAGGAGAACCUGACCAAGGAGGACCUGACCAAGGUGGCGGCAAAAAUGAGCUGCAAGACCGCGGCCCCCAGAACCUAGACAAACAGGGAGACACCGUUUCUGCAGCAAUGAAAGCCUUUCAAGGCGAUGCAACCGCCGCUGAGCGGACUAGCGAGCGGAGUAACGAUCGAACUAGUGAAACGUGCAGGGCGAACCAUUCGUGCAGUGAUGCGGCUGCUUCAUGUUCAACCCCGGGCGAGAUUGCUGACCAAAGUAUCCUCCAGCCUGUAAUGCAGCGUUCCCUCCAGACGGAGACAAGAAAGACUGCCAACCAGGCGGAGACGAAGACUGUUGAGCAAACGGAGACAAGAAAGACGGUUAACCAGGCGGAGGCGAAGAUUGUUGGCCAGCCGGUCUCGCCGGGUAAUGUGCCCAGAAGGAUGGUGGUGAGAAGUUCUAUUGGUAGUGCAAUCGUCAUCGCAAUUCUCAUAUUGUUACAGGUCCCUCGAUUGCUGAAGGUUUCGCGUCGUAAAGAACUGGUCAAGAAGCGAUUGCACUCGGCGUCAGGGGAGCGACGAAAAAACCGUACAUUGUCCGUUGACGAAAGAGACCAACGAGGAGACAAGUCCAAGGCGCUCCGGGAACAACUGGAGCGUAAGGAACAACUGGAGCGUAAGGAACAACUGGAGCGUAAGGAACAACUGGAGCGUAAGGAACAACUGGAGCGUAAGGAACAACUGGAGCGUAAGGAACAAGUGGAGCGUAAGCAACAACAGCCGCAGCAAAACUGUAUUCAAGAUUCUUGUGGGACCGACAAGUACGUUUGUACAAUAGGAGAUGACAAGCGGAAGGGGCGCCACAGUAUCUACGUUCAGGGUGCCUCGGUGCCUGUGAAUACGGCUGACUGUGGUGGAAGGCAGUUUUUGGACAACAAGGGUAAGAGAAUUACGGACAAGGCCGAGAAGGGAGUAACGGAAACAGACGCGAAUGACAGAGACGGCGACGGCAGAGACGUAAUGGGUAGAGACACCAAGGAGAAGAAACCCAGAGAGAAAGCAGCGAAGGAUAAGGGAGCGAAGGAUAAGGGAGCGAAGGAUAAGGGACUGAAAACCGACUAUGAAACUGCCUCGGGCCGGGGGAGUUGCGUGGAUCACGUCCCAUUCUCGAGACCGAACAGAAUGAAGGCGUAUCUGAAUUUGGGUCGAGAUCAGUUAUUUCGAGAGGACUUGACUGUUGCAGAUGAGACCGCCGAGUCGUCUGACUUGGCUGCGUCAGAACGAGCUCCGUCAGACCGGGCUACUUCGGAGCUUGCCGGCGAUGAGGAUAACGGACUGCGUCAGAGAAAAUUGUAUAAAGCGUUGGCAGAUAAAGCGAUGGCGGAGAGAGAACAGGAAUUCCAAGUGCGUGAGCGAGCCGUGAAGCUUCGAGAAGAAAGGUUGGCAACGUGCGAUCGGGACUUGAACCGAAUGCGAGAGGAUUUGAGCCGCGAUCGAGCGUCGUUGCGCGCGCAGCAGGCUGCGGUGAACGCUUUGGAGAAGCAGGUCGCCGCCAUGCAAGCAAAGGCAGCCAACGACUCUGUGAUUGCCGCCGGCUUGCUGGAGGACGCCCGGCGGCAAACGGAUGAGUUGGAGAGCCGUCAGCGAUUAAUGGCUCGCGACGAAAAGGUGUUGCAAACGCGUGUGCAAUUAUGCGAAGACCGGAGUAAAAAACUGGAUAACCGCGAGCGGGAAUGCGAGCUCCGUCUGGAGUCGUCCAAACAGAUCAUAAGUCGAGCAGAGGCGAUUGAAGCUCGUGAGGCGUCGCUCCGGGAUCUGGAGCAGCGUCAGGACCGGCGAGAGCGAGCGCUUGUUUUGAAGGAACAAAAUCUUGUUUUGAAGGAGCAAGAGCUGCACUUGGCGAAUGAGCAAUGGGACUCGAAAAGGGCGGCAACCGAAGAAGCAGAGAAGAGGAUCCAAGGACUGGAGCAGGCAUCUCUGCAGCGCCUCGACGAACAGUCCGAAACUUUGAGGAAACGCCAGCAGGCUUUAGCGGAUCAGGAGAAGGCGUUGGACGAGCAGCAUGCCGUCAUGGAGCGCCGACUGGCGGACGUGGCCGCCGCGGAGCAGGCGAUGAAGGACCGAGAGAGCGCGCUGGACGAAUUGAAGAACACGAACCAGCGCACCCUGGAGUCGCUGGAGAAGGACCUCCGUGAGCGGCAGGCGGCGCUGCUGGUGCGGUUGAACGAGCUGAAGCUGAAGGAGGACAACAUCAGCAAACAGUCCGAAGAGUUGAGUCGGUGGGGCGAAAGGCUCGAAACGAAGGAGUCUUCCUUGGCGGUCCGCGAAAAAGAGCUCGUGUUGCGAGUGAAAGAAGUGGAACUGCAGGAACGCGAGAGCAUGCUUGCCAGGAAAGAAGAGGCCGUGGCCAAUCGCUCUGCCAACGUCCCGAUUCGGAAGCACUAUGCAUGGAAAGAGACGUUACAAUCGUCUUCCAAAAUAUCCACGUCUUCCGGCGGUGGAGAGGCGGCCAAGACCCAGCCUGGGAGUUCCCGCUUUAGCUGCUUGAAUCCGUCCGAGACGGGCGGUUCCACCGCCAUGAGCUCUGCGCCCAUGAGAUCUACCCUUGGCAAGUCCGUGCCCCCACCGCCGCCUCCCCCUCCGCCUCCCAUACCGCCUAUUGGAGUACUGGACUUCAAAAGCAUUACGGCCCGGGCACCCCCUGGUUUUGACAAAAUCUGGGCAGACGACGACGAAUAG